GGUUACAGAAUGCAUUUAAGGAGAUAUACUAUAGUCUGUUCAGGGGAUCAAACACCACUAUACAUAGGAGGCAUUGUAGAGUAUACUUUGGGGUAGACUUUCUGCAGUGUGUUUUGUGUACAAUAUGGGGUAUAUGAUACAUUAUGUUUAUGGGUUAUAUGCUAUGUUUUAGAGAGAUGCUGUAGUAUGCUUUGAAGGAGGCAUGCUACUUUAUAUUUUGGAGAAAGUUGCUAUAUUACACUUUGUGGAGACAAGCUACAGAAUAGUUUUUUUUUAUGUCAUUUACAAAGAAUGUUACAGAAUGUUUUGAAUGAGUAUACAUGCCUGUAUACUACACUGUGUUUUGUAUGCUCAAAAAUAAUUAUAAUACAGCAGGGGUGUCAAACCUCUUCUCUCAAGGGGCCACCAUUUUUUCUAUUUUUGUUAUCACUCAGAGGACCUGUAAGAAAUUGUAAUAAAAAUAAACAUGUUAAUGUGAGAUCACAGCAUACAAAUGAGCAAAGCUGUCUCAUGUGGCAAUAUUUCUUGGUGAGAUUGUGCCUUGAUGUACUCGUGUUAUUGAAAAAGAUAAAGAAAACAUAUAUGCAAAUUCCCAAUCUCCUGUAGUCAUCAAUACACACACAUUUGAUGUCUGAACAGGAAUAUUUAUUUUAUAUGAUCAAAAUACUAAAACAAAAAUCCUUCCUAUAUGAAAUCUAUAUGGCAUUCAGAUUAUAGACAGGAAGGGCAAGAACCUGUUUUGCAGGGCCACUUUGUAGGUUGGAGAUUUUACUAAAAAAUCAUUUUGCUAUGUUUAACUGGCAUUACUUAUGUGUGCUGAGCACUAGGACCCACAUCUACUGCAGACACUGCUUCCUGUAUCACACAGUAGGAGGAGACCCAUUGCUUCAUUGUCAUACGUCUUUAUUUUCAUUUAAACACAUCUCAUUUCUUGUAACUGGGAUUUCAUUGGAUAACUCCAGUGGAUGGUUAAUUCCUGCUACUUUGAGGCGGUACCUACUUGUUAUUCCACAGACCUGUGACUUGCUGUAGGUGAGGUGACAGCUGUGAGCAGGGGCAGAGAGGUGACAGCUGGCAGCCUCAUUUAUAGUCAUUAAGAAGACAACAUAGUACCCCUCUCUGCUCCGAGCUUUCUGAAAUGCUCAAACCAUGAAUUACGUGGGACAAUUAGCUGGCCAAGUAUUUGUUACUGUAAAAGAGCUAUACAGAGGACUGAACCCUGCAACCCUCUCUGGAUGCAUUGACAUCAUUGUUAUACGACAACCCAAUGGCAACCUGCAGUGCUCCCCUUUCCAUGUCCGCUUUGGGAAAAUGGGAGUGCUUCGCUCUAAGGAAAAAGUGGUGGAUAUUGAAAUUAAUGGAGAAUCUGUGGAUUUGCACAUGAAACUGGGGGAUAACGGAGAAGCAUUUUUUGUUGAAGAAACAGAAGAUAAUGAGGAACCAAUACCAUCCCAUCUAGCCACAUCUCCUAUCUUACUGGAGGGAGCUGCCCUGAUGGAAUCCCAGUUGAAAAGGAAUUCUAUGGAAUGGUCCAGGAGCAUUGACACUAUUGGGUACUCACAGCCCCUUGCUCAAACUGCGUCAGAAAACAGUACAAGCGGAGUCUCUGUGAAGAAAAGAAGGAAACGGCGGAGGAAAUCAAAGAUAGAUAAUCUGAAGAGGGAUGAAAAUGGGGAUACCACUGAAGAUGAUGAUAUGUUUCAGAUAGAAAUGAGCUCAGACGAGGAAACAGAAUCUCUAGAAACUGCCAGGUCCUCCCUGCAGAACAGCUACAGUGAAAGAGUGUGUGACAUGAACCUAUCACAGGUCAAUUCAUUCUCCAAGCCUAACACCUAUCCUCAUUCGGAUGGGGAGUGGACCCCACUGCAGAGUCAAUCAGUAGAACGCAAAGGGUCAACUCAUCUUUCUGAAGCAGAUGAUGGAGGUCUUUCUAGCUCAUGCCCUCAACUACCCUCACACCUCCGCUGUUCCCACAGCCCUUCAGGAUCCCGUCCUCCAACACCUAAAAGUGACUCUGAGCUGGUUAGCAAACCUUCAGAGCGAGGGAUACAAGCAACUGAACCCCAGAUGCACUGGGCCUGGGGAGAGCUACCUCAAGCCACAAAGUCUUCUCUACAUAAAAGUAAGGAGUCCAGCACUGUAAAUAUAAAUCCGUCGGAGAGCACACAUUUCAGGAUCAUCUCAGCAGAUGAAGGUAAAGCCUUGUCUACAGAACCUGUUGUAGAUCAGUCCAUCUUGGUGCAUAUAGAGGACUCUGAAUUUGUGCAAAUGAAGCCAAGUGAGCCAGAUAUUGAAUCACUAGGAGCAGCUGCACCUCUUCUUUUUAAUGAUGAAGAUAUCAGUCUAAACAUCACUCCUGUAAGCCAACCGGUCAGCAAAACGGAUUCACCGUCCAAAAAGAAAGAUAAACGAAGCAGACACCUGGGAGCUGAUGGUGUUUAUUUGGAUGACAUCACUUGUAUGGAUCCUGAAGUUGCAGCAUUAUAUUUUCCCAAAAGUGGAGAAAACAAUAUGACAAUCAGGAGCACCAAUGAAAAUGGAGCACGGUCUGCUAACCAAUCUCCACAGUCCGUGGGAAGCUCUGGCAUGGACAGUGGGGUUGAGAGCCUCUGUGAUGGAAUUAGAGAUUUGCCAUCCAUUGCGAUAUCGCUUUGUGGAGGACUUAUUGACAACAAAGAGAUUACAAAAGAACAGUUUGCUGAACAGGUGGUAACGUACCAACAGUUUGUGGAAAACCCUGCAAUCAUUGAUGAUCCAAAUUUUGUUGUAAAAAUUGGAAACAAAUACUACAACUGGCCAACAGCGGCACCUGUCAUCCUGGCCAUGCAAGCCUUCCAGAAGCCAUUGCCUAAGGUUACUGUGGAUUCUCUUAUGAGAGACAAGAUGCCCAAAAAGGGAGGGAGAUGGUGGUUUUCGUGGCGAGGAAGAAAUACAAAUAGCAAAGUGGAAGCCAAACCAGAUAUGGUAUUGAAUGGAAAAGGACAAUACAUCAGUGAACAGCCUGCAGGGACAAGCAUUGAAAAAAGGAUAAAGGAUGAGUCGUCUUCCAGUGAUGAGGACCCUAGGGCAGCCAAACAGAACUUAGGUUCCCUGCAGUCAAAUCAAAUCCCCCUCUCAUCAUCUGGAGUUACGUACAAAAAGACUUUGAGACUGACCUCUGACCAGCUCAAAAGUCUAAAAUUGAAAAAUGGACCCAAUGAUGUUGUGUUUAGUGUCACAACUCAAUACCAGGGCACCUGCCGAUGUGAAGGAACGAUCUACCUGUGGAACUGGGAUGAUAAGAUCAUUAUUUCUGAUAUUGAUGGAACCAUUACAAGAUCUGAUACCUUGGGUCAUAUUUUGCCAACGUUGGGAAAAGACUGGACUCACCAAGGAAUUGCAAAACUCUAUCACAAAGUUAGCCAGAAUGGGUAUAAAAUUCUGUACUGCUCUGCACGAGCUAUUGGCAUGGCAGACAUGACCAGAGGAUAUCUUCAUUGGGUUAAUGAACGUGGGACGGUUCUACCUCAAGGACCUGUUCUCCUCAGCCCUAGCAGUUUGUUCUCAGCAUUGCACAGGGAAGUUAUUGAAAAGAAGCCUGAAAAAUUCAAGAUUGAGUGCCUGACUGACAUAAAAAAUUUGUUCUACCCCAAUAUGGAGCCCUUCUAUGCAGCCUUUGGAAACAGACCUACUGAUGUUUAUUCAUAUAAGCAAGUCGGAGUUUCCUUAAACAGAAUAUUUACUGUCAACCCCAAAGGAGAGCUUAUUCAGGAACACGCAAAGACUAACAUCUCCUCCUAUGUAAGACUCUGCGAGGUGGUGGAUCACGUGUUCCCAUUGCUGAAGAGAAGCCAUUCUUCUGAUUUCCCCUGCUCUGAUACAUAUAGUCAGUUCACAUACUGGAGGGAGCCUUUGCCACCUUUUGAAAAUAAUGACAUUCAUCCUGCAGCAUCGUGAAAAAAAAUAUGUGAAUUUACCUUUAACAUUUCAAACACCAUCAACUAUUAAGCUUUACACUUGAAGAAUUGUUAAAAGUACUCACAGAAUUUGCAACACUGUGAGGGUUAUAAGGAAACGUGUUGGUAAUGAGUGACAUUGAGAAGUUGUGCUUUCUGCCUAACCAUUUGUUGCCAUUAACUACACAACUUACUAUGAAUUCUUUUUUUAUAUUUUAGGCAUGAAAGGGUAAAAAUUCUGACUUUAAAUUUUUUUUAAAGCCUAAAAGGUCAUGGUUCAUUAUGAAAUUGAUUCAAAUGUAUUUCUCUGGGGUGUGUUCCAAUGUGUUAGAAUCACUUUUCACACAUGUUUACCAAAUGCAAUUAGUUUUUUUUUUUCUUUCAAUUCAUAGGGGUCAAUUUAUCAAGCUCCGUACUGAGCUUGAUGCCCUGUGUUUCCGGCGAGCCUGACCACUGCUCCAUAAUUUGUCCGCCUGCUUUGAGGCGGCGGACAGAAAUCAACCCGAUCGAAUUUUGGCCGUGAAUCUGCAGGGGGCGGUGUUGCACCAGCAGUUCACAAGAACUGCUGGUGCAAUGAUAAAUGCAGCAUUAAUCGAUGUGCGGCGGACAUGAUACACUACAUCGUAUCAUGUCCGUCCGCACUACAAUAAAUAUACCCCUUAGACAUCACAGUCAGAAAAAAUAGCUUUUCUAAUGUUUUUCAAAUAAUUUGUUCUUUAACAAAUUCCAUCAACAAUGGUAUUCCAAUCCAUCACAAUAUAUAUAUAUAUAUAUAUAUAUAUAUACAUACAUAUAUAUAUACUGUGUGUGUGUGUGUGUGUAUAUAUAUAUUAUUUUUAUUUUUCUCACCAUUUUUUUUAAAAUCAUUUUUCUGAAAAAUCAUUUUGCAUAUCAUGUUUUAGCUAUUUGGAAUGUUACAUUUUAACAAAUGUAUCAUUUCCUAAUUUCAUUAAAACGUUAAAAUGGCGAAGCAAUCAUAUAUUUUUUUAAAAUAUAAAACAUUUACAUAUGGUUAUCUGGAGUGCAAAUUUGAAAGUUAUAAAAUGUUAAAUUUUUCUGACACAAAUUGCACAUGUGAAUUAAACUUGUCAGGAGACGCUAAUAAACUACCAUCAAACAUGUUCAUUAGCAAGAAGGAAUCCUGCUUUGGAUGACACUCUCCUUACCAAUUGGCUGCUUAUGAGUUGCUUUUGUAUUUGUCUGUGGGAGAGACUGUUACCCAUACAUUUUUGUUUUUACCCGAUCUAAGGGCAGAAAAAAAAGUGCCAUAAUUACUGCUGAUGCAUCUCAAGUAGACUUGUAAAUUUAAAUACAAGUAAUUCAAACAGAUUUGGAAUACUGUUGGCAAGAAUGGUGAUUUCCUAACAGUUUGGUAUCUAGGCCUCUGUUCUGUUAGCACAAUGCAUUAUGGGUAUGCAUACUAUUUAUUUUGUCAGAGUUGUUUAAUUAUGCAUAUAGUAUUGAAAAAAUUAUUUUUUCAAAAAAAGCAACUGACAACUUUUAUACUGUUCUGUUCUAUUUCUCAAGGAGUAGAUUCUGAUGCUUAGAUGAGAUUUGAUUAAGCAGAGUAUUUACUGUGGUUCUUAAUAGUCGCACGUGCACCCCUAGAUCUACUUAAAAUUAAAAAAACUGAAUACUGAGCAAAAUCUCUCCUAAAUUCCUGUGAUCCUGUAGAACUUAUACAGUAAAUUUGUAAAGAAGAGCUUCAAAUCCUCGUGAAUUAUCUCCAUCAUAUAAUAUACAAUUUGGAGAGAUUUUUCACUCUGUGGAGUAUUUGAAAUUCUUCGUAAAUUUAGGGGACUACAUUAUUCAUUGCUUGAAGACUUAGUCUUAACUAUAUUUUAUUGCAGUAAGAUUGCACUUGUUCAUUUAUCUAGACAAUGGUUUCUAUGGAGGAAUAAAAUCAAUUAUUGCAACUCCAACUACAGUUAGCUGUAGAAUAAAACUGCUGUUCUUACAUAAAAAUAAAUAUUUUUACUCUUAAGAUCUGUCAAAAGAAAUCUACCUCCUAAUUAUAUGUGAAAUGCAUGAUGUGUAGAGCAGGAAGAUAACAGAAUAAGCAUUUUGAGAUUAUAUAUUAAAAGGUGAUUUUACUUUCUAAACUACCAGCCCUCUCUGGAAACAAAGGGUUUAAAGGGGCAGUAUGGCAAAAUCAACUUUUAUGAUUCAGAUAGAGCAUACAAGUGUAAACAUCUUUCCAAUUUACUUUUAUCAUCUAAUUUACUUCAAUCACUUUUAAAACUCGAUAGGCACAAAAGAAGCAAUGCACUACUGGGAACUAGCUGAACACACUGGGUGAGCCAUUCACAAGAGGCAUAUAUGUGCAGCCACCAAUCACCAGCUAGCUCCCAGGAGCGCUUUGAGGCUUUUGAUGCUAACUAGGUCUACUCUUCAACAAAGGAUACUAAUAGAACAAAGCAAAUUUACUAGUAUAAGUUAAUUGAAAGGUUGCUUAAAAUUGUAUACUCUGAGUUAUGAGAAAAUUUGGGGGUUCAUGACCUUUUAAAUUCAGAGACUGUGACCCUAUUUGUUCAUAGUGAAUUGUUUAGCUACUAUAAAGAUAAACAUGUUUUUUACCAUUUGUUCCUAAAGAGGGCAGCAGAUCACAGGCAAAAAAUGGUUUGAUAAUCUUGGCCUUAGCUUUUUCUUGAUUUCAAGUUUAUUUCCAUCUUUUGUGUCAAAAAGACCCUAAAUCUGUUUGCUUUUCAGCUCCGUUUCUGAAAAUGAUUUUUCAUAUUUAAACAAUAUGUCCAGAAAUCUAAGCUGACUUGCCUUAUUCCAAAUGAAAAAAAUGGAAUGUUGUACAGAAUAAAUAUCUAUAUUCUUUCUAUGAAAGAAAAUCAGUAGACAGCUUACGUAGUAAUGCUGGUUUCUGUUAAAAAUAUUUGCAUUGACACCUACAUAAAUGCUUUUUUUAAUGUUAUGCAGUAAGGGUUAUGUAUUGAGGUGCAAAUAGUAUUUUAUUUUCACUCAAAGUAUGAUUACUGGGAUUAAUGAUUACAUUAUAUUAUUACUUGUGGUGUGUGCUUGUAUACUGCUGUAUUGUAUAUUGUUACAAACAAUUAAAAAAGAGGUAUCAAAUGCAACUUAAAGAAUAAGAGAUGUUUUCACAAAAGUAUAGCCAAAAUGUAAAAAAAAAAGUAUUUUCCAUAGUAUUUAGAUUUUAUAUGUAUGUAGAUCUAUUUUAUUAGUUCCCUUAAUAUAUCAACAUUGUACAAAAAUAUUAAAGUAUUUGUCACAGA